AAACGUCUUCAAAUCUCUCUUUGACCGUCGUACGCAAUCUCUCUCUCCCCGAGAAGAACCUUUUUAAAUAUGUCGCGAGCAUGAAUGCGAAAAUCAAUUAAUGGAAUCAGUAAUGAUCGCCUCUCUCGCACGACCCUUUUUAGCCGCUGUUGCAGGGACACACGGGACGGACUCUCUCUGUCUCUCUCUCUCGACCUUUUCAAUCACUGUCAUCAUCGUCAUCAUCUGAUUUUUAAAGCUUUCCUUGCCUCAGAUUCUCCAGAUAUAAAUAAUUUCUGGAUGCAGGGCGAAAAGGGUGUGUCCAUCUUCUAGUUCUUGGCUCUCCUCAACUCGCACUUCCUCUGAUGCAUUGAAUGCUCCGCCACUUCAUUAAUCAGCGCGGGCGCCCGAGCGCACAAGAGUCUCGAGGACCGAUCAACCGUCGCGGCGGCGGCCGUGGCGGUUCCCCUUCGCGCCGUCUCUACGAUCGGACCGCCCAGAUCUUCUCGUCUGCGAUCGUACGACCCAGGGAUCCUCUGUCAGCCCGUCCCUUCUCUGUCUCUCUCUCUUAAUCUCUACUUACUACAUCUUAUGAGCUAUGGAGCCUCAUGAUCAUAGAAGACAAAAGAGACAGAAUACUCUUUUGCUUUCAAAUGGCGAUGGCAUUGUGACUACGGUUGAUGAAUUAGAUCCUUGGACUGCAUGGGCAUACAAGCCACGGACCAUAUCCCUCUUACUUAUUGGAGCAUGUUUUCUGAUAUGGGCAAGUGGAGCUCUUGAUCCAGAAAGCAGUGAAUCUGGUGAUGUCGUCACAUCUGUGAAAAGGGGUGUAUGGGCCAUGAUUGCGGUGUUUCUAGCUUAUUGCUUGCUGCAAGCCCCUUCCACGAUCCUCAUUAGGCCUCAUCCUGCAAUUUGGCGCCUAGUCCAUGGCAUGGCUGUUAUUUACCUUGUUUCUCUCACAUUCUUGCUUUUUCAGAAGCGUGAUGAUGCUCGACAAUUCAUGAAGUUUCUCCAUCCUGACCUGGGUGUUGAACUUCCUGAACGAUCAUACGGAGCUGACUGCAGGAUUUAUCUGCCAGAAAAUCCUACGAGCAGGUUUAAGAAUGUUUAUGAUACACUGUUUGAUGAAUUCGUGCUUGCCCACAUCUUUGGCUGGUGGGGAAAAGCGAUAUUGAUUCGUAAUCAGCCACUUCUGUGGGUGCUUUCAGUUGGAUUUGAGUUCAUGGAGCUCACGUUUCGUCACAUGUUACCCAACUUCAACGAGUGCUGGUGGGACAGCAUUAUUCUGGAUAUAUUAAUAUGCAACUGGUUUGGUAUUUGGGCUGGAAUGCAUACUGUCAGGUAUUUCGAUGGGAAGACAUAUGAAUGGGUUGGUAUAAGUCAACAGCCUAAUGUCAUAGGGAAGGUUAAACGGACAUUGGGACAAUUCACCCCAGCUCAGUGGGACAAAGACGAGUGGCACCCCCUGCUUGGUCCAUGGCGUUUCAUUCAAGUUCUUAGUCUCUGUGUAGUCUUCUUGACGGUGGAGCUGAACACAUUCUUUCUCAAGUUCUGUCUGUGGGUUCCUCCUAGGAACCCGAUCAUAGUGUAUAGGUUGAUCCUAUGGUGGCUCAUUGCAAUCCCCACAAUCCGUGAAUACAAUUCAUAUCUCCAGGACAGGAAAAAAGUGAAAAAGGUCGGGGCUUUAGUUUGGCUUUCGCUGGCAAUAUCUAUCGUGGAACUUCUCAUAUGCAUCAAGUUUGGACAUGGUUUGUAUCCAAACCCGAUGCCUCGGUGGUUGGUAGUCUUCUGGUCCUCCAUCGGUUUGGGCAUCGUAGCAUUUCUGGUUGUUUGGUCAUGGCAGCUACAUAGAAGCAUGCAAAGAAAGAGGCAUUGACUUACUAUUCACCGGGCAUUUGAUUCUUUGAUUUCUUUUUCUUCCUUGUAUCGAUGUACAUACUUUUAACAUCUUGAGGAGUUGUAAAUGCUUCUUGUGCUAGGUCGCAGAGAAUCAGAGUCCUUCUAGAGAGUAGUGAGCUCGUGUCGUUCUUGUCAAGGGCCGAUGUUUUUCUAGCUGUUACGAUCAGAGAGUUGCUUCUGUGUUUUUGCGACAUUCGCAGUUCUGUUGCUUUGAUAAUUCUAUGCCAGCUAUGGCCAUUCAGAA